AUGUGGUCUUCGAGCGUCUCGUGGACUCUGCCACUUGUGCUACUCAUCACUCUGCCGGUUAGAGUGUUGGGUGGUGACAUUCUGUCUACUCAAGGAUACACUCUUUGUUCGACCAACCCCACAAUUAAGGUUGAAGCCUUGGAUAUCCAAUACGACCGAUCGACAAAUCAGGUUGUCUUCAAUGUCGCUGGAAGCAGUUCCCAGUCGCAAAACGUCCAGGCCAAGGUUGUCGUCACUGCAUACGGAAGAACCGUCUACGAGAAAGCAUUCAAUCCUUGCGCCUCAGAUACCUAUGUUGAGCAACUGUGCCCUGUCCCGGCUGGCAGCUUCGCUGCUUCAGGCAAUCAGACUAUCCCAGCCGAGUACACCAGCCAAAUCCCAUCGAUCGCCUUCAGUGUACCAGACUUGGACGGAGUUGCUAAGCUCGAACUGUUCGCCGAUGACGACCUUACUCAAGAUCUUGCUUGUGUACAGUCGACUGUCAGCAACGGCAAGUCGAUGAACGUGCAAGCAGUCACCUAUGUUGCUGCUGGAAUGGCUGGUGCCGCCCUGGGCAUAUCUGCUCUUGGUGCCGUUGUUGGUGGAUUUCACGUUGGUGGUGCCUCACCUAGUCCCACAUUCGGCGAGACAUUUGGCUGGUUCCAAGGUAUCGCAACCAACGGCAUGCUCAGUGUCUCUUACCCCACCAUAUACAGUAGCUUCGCAAAAAACUUUGGAUUCAGCACCGGCCUCAUCCCUUGGGGUAGCAUGCAGACAACGAUCGACAGCUUCCGCGACCGCACUGGAGGAGACUUGACAACCGACAGCUGGAACUACCUCCAGAAAGUCACCUUAGUUGAUGACAGUACCAGCAGUAACCUGACCAAACGCGGCCUUGACACCGUGUUUCUCUAUGCCAGAGACUUCAGCGCCAGUGUGAACGGUACUACCAUUGGUAGCGACGAUUCAGGUUCCGGUAACAGCACUGCUACCGAGUCCAAGCCGAUGCACUACGUUCAUGGUAUCCAGGCAUACGUGGAGAAGCUUUCCAUUCCACAGGGAAACACUUUCAUGACCAUCCUACUAUUUUUUGCUAUUGUCAUCGCCGUCAUCACUGUCGGUAUUCUACUCACUAAGGUCAUCCUUGAAGCAUUGGCUCUGAUGGGCAACCUCCCCAAGUCAAUGAACAGCUUCCGCAAGCGCUACUGGUGGCGUUUGGCAAAGACCAUUACCAACUUGGUCAUGCUUGCUUAUGGUGUUUGGACACUUUACUGCGUGUAUCAGUUCACGAACGGUGACUCUUGGGCAGCCAAGGUACUCGCGGGUGUCACAUGGGCCAUCUUCACCUGCAUCCUCGCCUUUUUCGCUUUCACUGUUUGGCACAAAGCCAAUCAAUACAAAAAGAUGGAUGGUGACGCAAGUAUGCUGUAUGAGCACAAGGAAACUUGGGUCAGAUACGCAUUCCUCUACGAAAACUUCAAGAAGGGUUAUUGGUGGCUGUUUAUCCCCACUAUUGUCUAUGCCUUUGCCAAAAACGCCAUGAUCGCUGGAGCCAACGGACAUGGGUUGAUCCAAACCAUUGGUCAGAUUGCUAUCGAGAGCAUUCUACUCAUCCUCCUCGUCUGGUCAAGACCAUAUACACUCAAGAGUGGCAACGUCAUCAACAUCACCAUCCAAGUGGUCCGCGUCAUCUCGGUUAUCUGCGUGCUCGUCUUUGUUGAGGAGCUGGGCAUCAGUCAGACAACCAAGACUGUGACAGGUCUUGUCCUGAUUGUCGUGCAGUCCGUCCUCACUGGUGUUCUAGCUAUUCUGAUUGCAGUCAAUGCGAUCAUCACUUGUGUCCGCGCCAAUCCUCACCGCAAGAGAAGAAAGGAGGCUGAAAAACUCAACCGCGACCUUGACGAUCUUACCCCUCUGGACGCUCGCAACUCUCUUCUCAUGGACCCUACACAGCUCACCGAAUACAAGGGUGCAGGUUCGCAGGUUUCUGAAUACAAAAAAGCACCUCUUGUGUCUCCUUCGCUCAACAGCACAGCGAAGAGCAACAUCGCAUACGAUCCCAUGUCCAAGAGGUCGGACGGUGUGUACGCAGGCAGACCAGGACUUUCGCGGGACGAGAGUCAACAAAAUCUUGUCUCGGGUGCGGCCAGCAUGGGUGGCAGAGAUCGAAGUCACAGUCCUGCGGCGCGAGAGCCUAGAUUGCCUGACAUCGAGUUGGGACAAUUCGACUUCCGCCAUCAACAUUGA